AGAAAAAGAACGACGUGGCAACGAGUUUGGUUGAAGAGCAGAGAACAGCAAAGACUUUCUGUUUUACAAAAACAACUCGAGAUGAAUGAUUUGACGGGCUUCAGGGAGAUGUUGCGGGUGACUGUAGAUGAGUUUUAUGAGUUGCUGUCUAUGGUUGAGCCUUUUGUGACCAAAACAAACACAGUCAUGAGGAGGAGCAUCAGUGCCAAAGACAGGCUGUCCGUGACAUUAAGGUUUCUGGCCACAGGUGAGUCCUUUAAGUCACUUGGCUUUCAGUUUCGGAUGGGAAGUACAACCAUUGGUAGAAUUGUAGAAGAAACAUGCAAAGCUCUACACAACACUAUGAAGAAGAAUUAUUUAAAGACACCAACUUCUGAAGAAGAGUGGAGGAAAAUUGCAGAAGAUUUUAACAUGAAGUGGCAAUUCCCUCAUUGCAUCGGCGCAAUAGAUGGAAAACACAUAUUUCUUCAGGCCCCAGCCAACAGUGGCAGCACAUUCUACAACUAUAAGUCCAGGUUUUCCAUCCUGUUAAUGGCUGUAGUGGAUGCUAACUACAGAUUUAUUUACACAAAUGUGGGAGUUCAAGGCAGAGUUUCAGAUGCAGGUUUAUUUCACUUUGCCUUCAUAAUUUCUUACGAGAAAAGCAAUCAGAUGCCUACGUUCCACCUGGCUUUGCUGACUGGGAGGAUGAGAAUCAUGAGCUCCAUGAUGGAGGAUGGAGACAAGAGAGAACCCUGCAGUCUGUAA